AUGGGAAAUAAUGUUACUGAAUUUAUCCUCAUGGGUCUUUCCCAAAAUAAGGAAGUACAGCAACUAUGCUUCAUUUUGUUCCUACUCUUUUACGUAAUCCUCAUGACAGGAAAUUUUUUAAUUAUAAUGACUGUUCUAAGGAGCCCAAACCUCAGCUGUCUGAUGUACUUCUUCCUCAGCUUCCUAUCCUUUGUUGACAUCUGCUAUUCCUCUGUCACGGCUCCCAAGCUGAUUAUUGACUUUCAAGUCAAGGACACAAGAAUCUCUUUUGUCGGCUGUAUGCUCCAGCUCUUUUUCUCGCGCCUGUUUGGCUGCACAGAAAUCUUUAUCCUCACAGUGAUGGCCUAUGACAGGCACGUGGCCAUCUGUAAGCCUCGGCACUAUUUGACCAUCAUGGACUGGAAGUUCUGCUCCCUCUUGCUGGUGUUCUGCUGGCGAGCAGGCUUUGUGCAUGCUUUUGUCCAGACCAUGCUCACCGUACAACUGCCCUUCCGUGGCCCCAACCUGAUCGACCACUACUUCUGUGAUGUCCACCCUUUACUGAAGCUGGCUUGCACAGACACGUAUGUGGCGGGGCUCGUGGUGGUGGCCAACAGUGGCAUGAUUUCACUGAGCUGCUUCGUCAUUCUUGUCGGUUCUUACACUGUCAUCUUGCUUUCUUUCAAGACCUGCUCAUCAGAGGGGAGGCGCAAGGCCCUCUCCACAUGUGCUUCCCAUAUCAUUGUGGUCAUCUUGUUUUUCGUCCCCUGCCUCUUCAUGUACCUGAGACCUUCCACCACUUUCCCUGAAGACAAGAUAGUGGCUGUAUUUUACACCAUCAUCACACCCAUGUUGAACCCUCUGGUCUACACCCUGAGAAACAUGGAGGUGAAAAAUGCCGUGAAGAGACUAUGGAUCAAGAGACUGUUGGGCAGAAAUAAGAGAGACCCUGAUAGGAAGUUCAGUGUACUGGAACAGCCUCAGUUGUACCAGUUUCCAAAAAUGGUUGCUGAGAAUAGUCAGUAA